GGGGCCGGGGCCGGGCGGCGCCGGGGGCAGAGUCCGUCCGGCGCGGGCGGCCGGCGGCAGCUGCAGGCGCGCAAGAUGCCGCUGGGGCUGCGGAGCAAGAAGAAGGACAAGUCCAAGGAGAGCUCCAAGCUGGUGGAGAGCGAGGCGGCGGCCCCGGGCCCCCCGGGCCCCCCGGCAGCGGGCGCGUCGCGGCUGCAGUUCCACACGCAGCUGGCGCACGGCAGCCCCACGGGCCGCGUGGAGGGCUUCGGCAGCGCCCGAGAGCUCUACGCCAAGAUCGCCGAGGCUUUCCGCAUCGACCCCGCCGAGAUCAUGUUUUGCACUUUGAACACUCAUAAAGUUGAUAUGGACAAGCUCUUGGGUGCACAAAUUGGGCUUGAAGAUUUCAUAUUUGCCCACGUAAAAGGACAACGAAAAGAAGUGGAAGUCUGUAAAACUAAUGAUGUGCUUGGGCUUACCAUUACAGACAAUGGAACUGGCUGUCCGUUUAUAAAGCGAAUCAAAGAAGGUAGCCUUAUGGACCAAACCAAAAUUGUCUGCGUGGGUGAUCACAUAGAAAGUAUAAACGGAAAAAAUGUGUCAGAUCGUCGGCAUUAUGAAGUUGCUAAAAUGCUAAAAGAUCUGGAGAAGGGUCAGAUGUUUAAGCUGGAGUUGAUAGAGCCUCUGAAGGCAUUUGAAAAGCUGGAACCAAGGUCCAAAGGUAGAACUCUGCCAGAGGCUAAAAUCUCCAGAGGGCGGGAAACACUUCGGCUGAGAACCAAAGGUCCUGCUACUGUGGAGGAAAUGCCAACUGAAGUUGAAGAAAAAGCAAUUAAAAAAGUUGAUGAGCUUCUUGAAACGUACAUGGGGAUAAGAGAUAUUGAAUUAGCUGCAACCAUGGUGGAAGCUGGAAGAGACAAGAAAAACCCAGAUGAAUUUGCAGUGGCAUUGGAUGAAACUCUUGGAGACUUUGCAUUUCCAGAUGAGUUUGUCUUUGAUGUAUGGGGAGCAAUAGGUGAUGCUAAGCAAGGGCGACUGGAAUGAGAACUGUGCAGUUUAUCAAUUCCUAUUUGAAAAUGCAAAAUGAUUUUCAAACUUAUACAUCAGGAUUUUAAUACUUUUCUUGAUAUGAAUCCAGGGCACUCUAUAUAAGCAUUCUUAUCUGAAACUUUCUUUUGCAAAGGAAGGUUUAUAAUGGAAAUAUGAAGAUAAACCCAAAGUUCUGACAACUGUACAUUUAAAACAAACAUUUAAUUUACAUGUAGAAAUCACUGAGGAGUGUGUCGAGGCAAUAUAUUUAUACAGACAUUUUAUGAAAAUCAGGUAUUUUUUUAUUGUGCAUACACUUUGAUAUCAAUAUUCUGGAGAAUGUUAGACAUAUGCAACAAAGAGUUUGGAUUAUCUUAUCUCUUCUUUAGAAAGGUUUAUAAACUUGUUGAAAAACUACCUAGCUGCGCGCUGUACUUCCCUGAUCUUCUGUUGUCCUUAUGUGUUCGUGUACACAGAGAGCUGUGGAAAACCUAAAGCCUUAGGUUUUUGUACAGUUUGACCUGGAUGUAGUCUUUUCCAUAGACAAAGCUGGGAAGAAGCUACCCUGUUUCUGAAGAACCUGAGUUCAGGGGAAAAAAAGUAUUCCUCUGAAACAUAAGAACGAAGAUCUUUAAUGAUAAAGACUUAUUUAAUUUGAGUCAUAACGCACGCUGUCUGGGUAUUACUGAGAUGAGUAACUGUAGUAGAAGUGCUUAAACCAGGAAGCUGCUGAUUUAUUCAGAUGCCAUAUUACUGCAAUAUGAACUGCAUAGGAAGAAACAAAUGUUAAUUUUGAUUACUGUUCAUAUAUUUGAAUAAUAUCUGUGAUCUGGCACUGGAGACUGUAGUGUAUAACUAAGUGCUUAAUUGAUCUUUGCAUGUGCUAUAUGAUUUGCUGAGAUCCUAUGCAGUUCCCUCUUGUCUGGUUUUUUUCAACGUGGCAACACAGGAGAGAUGUUGAAGGUGUUCCAACCUGGAAGAUCUUAUUGUAAAGUCACAAACAACUGCAGUUUGGAUAAAAAUUAAAAAUACAUUAAACUAAUUUUACAUGUUAGGAUUUCCAAUCAUAUUGUACAUAAACAUUUACUUUAACUGAUAAUAUUUUACUAAUAUCAAAUUAUUAAAAAUGAACUGUCGCUUAACCCAUCUGUUACGUCUGCAUUUUUCCUCCUGUUCACUCUGUAUUUAACGAAGAGCAAUGCAAUAAGUUUUGUUUUUACUCAUAACUAGAUUCUUUAUUAGUUUUUACUGUGCUUUGUUUUAAUCAGGACAGACAUUUUCUCAUUUGUUUAGAAAAAGCUAUUUUCAAGUGAUUAUUAUAGCCAAAUAACAUGCCAUGAGUGUAGUUGAAAAUAAAAUUGAACAGGAAUGUGGGGCCUGACCUGGGAAGGUGCCAUAGCUUUUUAGUAUUUUUAUAUUUGCAUAAGCAUAGAACAUAAUAGGUAUUUAAAAGUUUUUUUCUAAAUCACUACCUAGUUACUUUUCUUUUGUGAGGAAAACGUCUUUCACUGUCUUGCAGAGAUUUCUUUAAAAUAAAGACUGUGUCAAUAAGUUUACAA